CCCCACUCUCUUUCAUAAUGUCAGGAAACAACUACCUCACAACCUCCAACGGAAACCCUGUUGAAAACAACCAGACUUCCCAAACUGCUGGACAAUGGGGACCUGUCUUGAUUCAAGAUUUCCACCUUAUUGAUAAGCUCGCUCACUUCGACAGAGAACGUAUCCCUGAACGUGUUGUCCACGCCAAGGGUGCUGGUGCUCAUGGUGUCUUUGAGGUCACACACGACUUCAGCAAGAUUACCAAGGCCAAGUUCUUGAACCAAGUGGGCAAGAAGACUCCCGUCUUCCUUCGUUUCUCCACUGUUGGCGGUGAGAAGGGUAGUGCUGACACUGCUCGCGAUCCCCGUGGUUUCGCAGUCAAGUUCUACACUGAAGAAGGUAACUGGGAUAUGGUUGGCAACAACACUCCAGUUUUCUUCAUUCGCGACCCUUCCAAGUUCCCAGAUUUCAUUCACACACAAAAGCGCAAUCCCCAAACCAACUGUGGCGACCCCGAUGCUUUCUGGGACUUCCUCUCUCUCGUCCCCGAGUCCAUUCACCAAGUUACCAUCCUCUUCUCCGACCGUGGUACUCCCGAUGGUUAUCGUCGCAUGAAUGGUUACUCUUCCCACACUUUGAAGUUGGUUGACCAUGAUGGCAACUUCAAGUAUGUCAAGUGGCACUUCAAGACUGAUCAAGGCGUUAAGAACUUCACCGCUGAGGAAGCCGCCAAGUUGACCGCUGAUCCCGAUUAUGCCACCCGUGAUUUGUUCGACGCCAUUGCUCGUGGUGAACAUCCCAGCUGGACUGUCUACGUCCAAGUUAUGGAUCCCCAAGAUGCCAAGAAGUAUCGUUUCAACCCCUUCGAUGUUACCAAGGUUUGGCCCCACAAGGACUACCCUCUUCAGCAAAUCGGAAAGCUCACUUUGAACCGCAACCCCGAGAACUACUUUGCUGAAGUUGAGCAAGCUGCUUUCUCUCCUUCUCACAUCGUUCCCGGUAUCGAUAUCACUGCUGAUCGUAUGUUGCAAGGUCGUCUCUUCUCUUACCCCGAUACCCACCGUCACCGUUUGGGACCUAACUACACUCAAAUUCCCAUCAACCAGCCUCAAUCUCGUGUUGCUAACCACCAGCGUGAUGGUCUCAUGGCUGUCAAUGGUAACGGAGGUGCUGCUGCCAACUAUGAGCCCAACUCCGGAAACGGUCCAUUCCAGAACAAUGUCAAGGCUACCACCUUCACUGCUGAGGAAGUUCACGGAGCCACUGGCCGUCACUCUUAUGAGCUCACUGAUGUUGACUUUGUUCAAGCUGGUAACCUUUACCGUUUGAUGUCUGCUCAAGACAAGACCAACCUUGUCAACAACAUUGUUGGCCACAUCAAGAACGCCAAGAAGCACAUCCGUGAUCGUCAAAUUGCCAACUUCAAGAGAGCUGAUCCUGAGUAUGGUCGCCGCAUUGAGGAAGGUGUUGUCAAGGCUAGUGCUAAGGCUUAAAUUACAGGGUUUACAUGUAGUUCCUUUCCUUUCCAAUUGCCCACACUUUUUUUUUUGCACUUCAUAUCCCUACAAAACAUAUUAUAGGAUUUGUUAACCCCAAUUCAAAGAAUAAGAGGCGAUGCUAGACAAUCUCCUCGCACAAGAUCCUAUACUUGUUCAGUUUAUAUUUUAUGAAUACAUGCAUAAUUGAUGGUUCCAUGUAUA